CACACCCACACCCACUCAAGUGCUCCUCUGGAUAUCCACUCUUUUUCAGUGUCUGUCCCGCGUCGUUUACUUUCUUCUUGUUCUUUGACGCGACAUCUUUCCGCCGGGGUCUGCCUCGCCACCACAGCCGGACUGGGAGCUGUGGGCCCACUGGUGAAUCUGUUUCAUUAGUGGGAAACCAGGAAUUGGACUGGAAGUGAGCCGGUGACUCAUCGACAGGACGCUCGAAGACACAGUCAUGACGGGGACUCCGGGGCUUCUAGCGGCUUUCACGUUCUGCGCCAUGUUGACGGUGUCCCGCUGUGAUGCAGAAUACCAGCUUCCUCCGCCAACAAACCUGUCAUACGUGUGGCUCGACAACCUUGCUGUGAACAUGUCCUGGUCCUGGGAAAAGCCCGAGUCCCUGCCAGACGACUGUAAGAUCAAGUACGAAGUCAGGGUGCAGGCGACGCCACAUCAAGAAAUAACCAAGCGCCCUGAAUCGCGGGAACGCGUGGAGCAUUGUAUCACAGAGGACACGGAUUCUGAUCAUUGCACGUUCACUGUUCAUGCAAUGGUCAGCGAAAAAUCCUGCAAUUGGAGUCAGAGCACAGACGUGACUGAAACCGCUAGAAGAGAAGAGCCACGAGUCGAAUUGGUGAAGGAAUUCAAAUGUCUCCUUGAACUAAAGGGAUUGAACUGUUCAUGGAUCCCAUUGACGUCUCAGAACCUGCAGUUAAGCUAUAGGGCUUGUGUCUCAGGUACCAACAAAAAAGACAGUUUGAAAGCAUGUGGUCAACCUUACAGCACUGGAACACGGAACGGUUGUUACUGGCAUGUAGCACAAGGCUGGGAAGAUGCCAGUAUCUGCAUUUAUAUUGAGUCCGAAAUUGGAUGGAGCUUCUUCAAACCUACAAUUGGACCAGCUUCUCCAGUCUUGACGAUCACAGAAGAAGAAAACAAUCGCCUCAAGUUGACAUGGUCAUCUCCAGAGUUUAAAAACCUCUGUAUUUGGAUAUACGAAUUGUGCUACAAAGAAUGCGAUGAGCCAGAACAAUGCUGGGAGCACACCCACGAGCUCUCUGACCAGAAUGAUACGCUCUUGCACCAGAGUGACAUGCCCCACAAGCGAGACUGCCAUUACGAGUUCAGGUCCAGAUUGAAAACCAGCGGAAAAGAUUGCCCGGAACUAGUCAGCGUCUGGAGUGAAAUUGUAACUUAUGGUACGAACAAGACUCCUGACCGGACGCUGCCCCUGGUGGCCAUCAUUAUCCCCAUCAUUCUGUUCGUCUGCAUCCUUCUGGCCUGCUACUGCUUCAGGAAGCACAGCCACAUUAUUUGCCCCAACAUACCCGAUCCCUCUGCAAUAUUCAAAGAAAUGUGGAACGGAAACAAAGAGCAUAACAAAGCAGAACAUAAGACAUUAGAAAAUGUGUACACGCCCAUGCCAGAGGCCGUCGAAUCCUGCAAAGUCACCCUCAUAAACCAAAGUGGCGCACUGCAGCCAAACUCCUAACAGGCCCCCCCACCCCGUCAUUCCUCGGGUGGUGAGCUGUCGGGGGAGAAAUUGAAAACACUGCACGCCCACCUGCGACCGGCACCCAUUGGACGAUAGUAACUGUCAGUCACACUGUGUCCACGCCCGUGCUUGACCGUCUAUUCGACUCUAAAUGGGACGAUAAUUUAUAAAACGAGCUUUGUGCUGCAUUGAAGAAGACUUGUAGUUAUGGAUUGAGACCUACAGUUGUUUUGUCCCAGACCUCUAUGGGAACUGAAGUCUUUUUGCAAGCAGAACAGUGGAGUCGCCCCUUUGUUGGUCAUUGCACAGUAUACAGGUGUUUGGACUGGGUAAAUUCAUCGCUGACGUGUGAAGUAACUUAACACCAGACUUAAAAGCUUCUUUUUUUUUACAGACCUCUGAUUGAAGCGUAGAUUCUGUAACUGCUCUAUUACAAAUGAGCUCUGCUGUACCUGUUCUGUACUGACCUGAGCACAGUGCUGUACCACCCUGACCCGCUAGAGGGCGGCAAAUACAAGGAUCUCAGCUGCUAUUACGGUAGUCAUAGUAAGGAGUGGUGAUGAAGACGACUCAAUCGUUCAGGGGUUCUUUUUGUAUGUUUUAGGGCAUUGAGCCUUUUUAUUGAUAGAGCAGAGUGUGGGCAUGAAAGCGAGAGAGCGCGGGAAAUGCAUGUGUGGCUGAACACCUGCAACUCAAGCCUCCUCGUUCGUCAAAAGACCAAUAAGCUAUGGACACCCGAGGAACACAAUGAGAGAGCUUGUCAAACCUGGUGAGGCCAGAGGAGGAAGACGAGGAUUCAGACCGAGUGUGUGCGUGGAUUGGAGGACUGCAAUUGGGCCAGUGGGAGCUACUGAACAUUAACUGGGCACUUUCCGGCCAGGAAGAGGAGCUGCUGUAUCCCCGGGGACCCGCUGUUCGGAUGCCUGCCACCACGGCAGCUCGACAACAGGCAGCAAGCAAUAUCCUCAAAGCAAUGGACUGUGAUGUAAAAGCCGCCUAGUGAGGCAGUAAUGUCUCAAUGUGUCUCAGCAUGAACACAAACACUGUUUUACAUAGAACUGAUCAGGACCGUGCCCUUGUGUUUGUGCUGAAAUUCUUAAGAACAGACUGUCUUAAUGUGAAAUGUAAUAUGUGUGGCUACAGUGGAGAUGUCAACACGACUAAUCCCUGUCAGUCUCUCAAAAGGAAGUACACUAUGUUGUCAGUCAGGAAACAAACAAACUUGCGUGAUCUUUGCCCGCAGAUGCUGAUGUUUCCACAAAGAGUCCACAUGACUUGCACAUUCGGGGACAAUCAUAACAACUUUCUUACAUAUGUCGAUGUGAUUUGUCGUUUAAAAAUAUUACUUGUGGUGUUACCGGUCGUUUUUUCCACCUUUGUACACAACUUUCAACAUUGUUUUCGGGCAAGAGAAUUGUGAGUGAAUUCAACUUGAUUACAACCUGCCUGUCAGUUCUGAUAA